AUGGUGCAAUCAGCGACGGCUGAAACAUUCGUCCAUGCUGACCAUUUUCCCGACAAUGUUUCCCUCUCAGAUACUCACUCUGUCACUACAUCGCAAUACGAUGUCAUGAUCCAGGAGGAGCUUGAGAGGACGUGGAUACUUAACCUAAGCAUGCACUUCCGAGACAAGUCCAAGCGUGAAAAGUUCUUUGUUACUUACCGUGACAAGGACAUCUCCUGGAGGCGGGUCACAAUCUCACUGGAUUACCGCAAUGCCCCAGAAAACUCACUGGAGAUGGAUCUUGCGCAUACCAAACUUCAACGCGAGAAGAGUGCUAAGAUUUAUGAGGCUAUCCGAGAAAGUCUGCAGGACAUACAAUUCUACGAAACCGUCACGAACCUGAAGCUGCAAACUACAGACGGUCGUCUGCACGUCCAUGUUGUCGAAGACACAAACGAGAUAAUCAACUUCCCCACUGUUCGACAGGUGCAACACCUCGGAUGCCAGAGGAUUAGGGAGCGAGACAUCAAUUUUGACUCGCACAUGUCCGGCUUCGUUUACAAAGUCAGUGUUGGCCAAGAGGUCCUUAUCAAGAAGGAAAUCCCGGGACCCGACACCAUCGACGAGUUCCUGUAUGAGAUCAAUGCACUUAAUCGACUUCGCUACUCGAGGAACGUCAUAUCUUUCUUUGGCGUAGUCGUGGACGAUCAUGACGAACACGUCAAAGGUCUCCUCAUCAGCUUUGCUGGGCAAGGGGCACUCAUCGACCUUCUGUACGACAAUCGGCAGGACUCCGAACUUGGAACGCCUUGGCUGAUGCGAGAGCGAUGGGCAAGACAGAUUGUUGAGGGUCUCUCUGACAUUCACGAAUCAGGUUUCGUACAGGGUGACUUUACCCUCUCGAACAUUGUCAUUGACGAUGCAGGCGAUGCCAAGAUCAUAGACAUCAACAGACGAGGGUGUCCCGUGGGUUGGGAACCUCCAGAAGCAACGCCACUUAUCGAGAGUGGCCAGCGGAUCUCGAUGUACAUCGGUGUCAAAUCGGAUCUGUACCAGCUCGGCAUGGUUCUAUGGGCCCUAGCUACGCAAGAAGACGAGCCUGAGGCUCAUGGGCGCCCCCUCAUCCUAGAACACGACGUUGACGUCCCCGGCUGGUACCGCCAACUCGUUGGAUUCUGCUUGAGUGAUGAUCCUCGACACCGACUGCAGGCUGCGUCUCUUCUCACUCUAUUCCCUGAACCCGUUGUCCGCCCUGACACCGGAACGAAUCUUCCCUCAAUCUCGGUGGACGAUGGAUACUCCAUGAAAGAGUAUUUCGUAGCCGACGAGAACGGCCAACCACGCGUCAAGACUGUUGCGCAGCCCAGCGACUGGUCAUACGUGAAUCGGGGCCAAGCAGCAGGGUACUCGCAGGAUCCGUACUACUACACAAGAGGACGCUCACCCCCGAGUCCUCUUCCGAGUCACCACGGUCAAUUUGACGCCUUUUACAAAGGCUCCCAAGUCUCGGGCUGGGCUGGCGCUCGGAACAUCGCGCCCUCAUACAGCGACGUGGGGGCAGAUGAGAUGAUGAGAGGCCGAAGCAUCACCCCGAGGACAAGUAAAGAUUCUCUUGCAGGAGAAAGUCACAUGGAGUCUCGAGGUCACGCUACGCUUGAUGACGUGUUUGAGAGAAGCGAGGAGCCAUACCCGAUGGCCCCGGCCUCACAGAGACUGCGACAGGGUUCCACCAGCUUGAUCCCGGAUGUCAAGGAUGACCUUGAUGCUGCAGUGACGCCCACGCCAAACACACCCGUGAAGGAGGAUCAGAAUGUUUUGAACGACGACACUGUCCUGCUGUCUACGGUUGGAAUGCUACACGCCAACGACGAGAACCAGCUGGUGGAGGUUCCCAAUCAACUCGAGGAAACUGCUCAAGGUGGAAUAUGUGCAGUAACUGAAAAGCCCACAGAGACAGACAGCGAGGCAGAGGCUGGGACCAACAGUCACCGGGUCCUCAAGUCAGAGGACUCCUCAAGUGUUGCGGAAACAAGCAUAACCACUUUAGCAGACACUCCAGGUUCGGGUCCACAGGCGAUGCACAGCACUCCACUCAAGCUUCCCACUCAAGUAGAGCAACCAAGCACGAACCCUGAAAGCAGCAGCGCAGGAAUCGACAUGACGCAAUGCCACUCCGUGCUCGAGGAAACGGGCCCCGAAGGAGCAGAGAACGAAGCACAGAUCAGGUUUGAUGAAACGCCGCCACUCACCAACCAGACCGCGCCUUUGACUGCAGAGGACGCUCUCUCGACAGGACGGAACGUUUACAAGGACAAAAGCCCCCCGGCCGGCGACCAUGGCGCUGGCGGGACGGAGAGAGCCCUUGCUCCACCCAGUGGAUCUAACGGGCACGCGCCGCUCAACGCAGGCUCCACAAUGGAGCAUGAUAUGCCCAUGAGGGAGGCCGGGGGCGAUGAUGAGACGGCUAAGGCGAUGGGGCUUACAGUACCCAGAGGAGAGAAUGACGACAGCAACGGAGGCCUUCCUGGGACGCCUGAGGAUGCGGCAGCGGCUGAAAUCCAGCCCAAAGAGGUCUCAACAAUCUUGGAAGAAGGAGAACUCGACCAAGAAAAAAAGAGAUCUGUUCUAGCUGUGCCUCAUCCGGCAGAGGCCGUGCCGUCCUCAAAAUCUCAAGUAAAGCAGACAGAAGACGAGGAGAUUACUGAUGAGAAACGCUCCGGCACGAACAUGCCGGUGGCCGAGACGACCUCGGCAAUCACGACAGAAGGACCGAUGUGGCAGCAGUUCCCCGAGGGUCUCACAGGCGAGGCUGUCGACAAGCUGGCCGUGAACCGGUCGAGCGAUGAGGCUGGCGAUGUCGACUGGGGAAUUCGCGAGCUCCGCGACUCCCUCGACGCUGCCUCGACGUAUACGGCGUCUAUCAUUUUGACGGUCAACGUCUCUCCUAUGUAG